AUGAUGGUGGCGAUUGUAGUGGUGACGGGGACAGUGGUGGCUGACUCUAGCCACCACGCGUUCCUCGGCGACCUCGGCCUCGGCCAGGCCGAUGGCCCGGAGGCCGUCCUAGACGCCCUCCCCUUGAGCCUAUGCCGCCAUCCAUUGCUGCGGAGAUGCCUUUGGUACCAGGCACUAUCGCUGCUUGAUUGCGACGACGAUAUACCUUCUGCUUCUGAAUCAUCUGCAGGGCACGGCGCCGAUAACAGUGAUGGGCAAAAUCGUGGUGAAGAUGCUGCUGUUCGUCAUCACAGUUCUAACGAUGAUAGUGAUGACGACGAGAAUCCUUUUCUUACCGAUAGUUAUGGAAAGGUAACAACUUGGAGGCUGAGUGAUUUGGAGGCAGCAUUCGAAAAACAUCUUGAAGAUGAAGCAAGUAAACCAAAGGUAGAAGUAAAAAAGAAAACGAAGGAAGAAAUACUAAAGCUUGAUAAUGAUCGUAAGCAAAAGUUCAUGGAAUAUGCUUUACAGAAGUAUAACGAUGAAGAGGGUCUUGCUGGGGAGAUGCGCUUUGUGUUCGAUGAAAUUAAAGGAGAAGUUUACGUUAUUGAAGAAUGCCUGAAAUUCUAUGAACAUUUCAACUUCACAGCUAAGCAGGCUGGUUCCAUGGUUUUAUUUUUUGCUGAAGUGAUCCCCAGCGGAGACACUUGUAAUGUUCUCUGCUGCAAGCCUUUGGAUUGUGAUGACAAUGGACGCUGCCUUAGCUGUGAGGAUCAUCAAUCUUAUGUGAAAAUGAGGCAUCCAGCUGAUGAGGCUCUGUAUGUUGGAGGUCAUGAGGAGGGCCAGUUCCCAUUUAUUUUGGAGAGUAGCAGUGAGGAUGACUCUGAUUGAGAGGAAGGCAUGACCGUGGAGAAGGCCUUCUGCAUUCGCUUCUCAUUUUAACGUCUAUGAUCUAUUUGAUGCAUCUUCUAUAUGGAGGGCAUAUAUAUAAAUACUUUUGGUACUAAUAUGUUGCUUGUAGUAUGUGCAAUGAUGUUUACAUCAUGCACGGAAUCGACUUAGUCAUCAGUAUUUUAAACUUUGAUGGAACAUAUGCAACCAUUUUAUACAGCCUGUUGUUUGCUC